CGGGCGCUUCCUGCGGGAGGGCGGCCGCGGCCGCGGCCACGUGCGGAGCGAUGGCGCGGGAGGGCGCGGGGCUCUUCGCCGCGUUCCGGGUGCUCGGCCGCUUCAGCGGGCACGUCCCGCACGUCCUGCGCUAUCACGGCCGCCACCGCGAGUUCUACCUGGCCGCCGCCGUCGGGCGCAGCGUCCACACCUACAAUCUGAAGAAACUUGGUAUUGUUGCUGUGAGUAACACUUUGCCACAAGACAUCACAUGUUUGGCAGCAGAUCGCAUGCUGAUAUUUGCUUCAUAUGACAACAUUCUCCAUGCUCUUGCAAGGAACAAAGAGGUGGUUCAUACCUAUGAAGGCCACAAGGCAAAGAUACACCUUCUACAGCCUUUUGGUGAUCAUGUAAUCUCUGUGGAUGUUGAUAAUGUUCUUAUUGUUUGGAACAUACAGUCAGAAGAAGAAUAUCUUCAGAUAGAUUUUGAUAAAGCCACAUUUGCAGUUUCUGCACUUCUGCAUCCCAGCACCUAUCUGAAUAAAAUUCUCCUUGGUAGUGAACAAGGAACCUUGCAGCUUUGGAAUAUAAGAUCCAACAAACUCCUUUACUCAUUUCCAGGAUGGGGCUUAGCAGUCACAACUCUUGAACAAGCUCCAGCAGUGGAUGUUGUUGCUGUUGGCCUUGUAUCUGGUCAUAUCAUUGUACAUAAUAUUAAGUUUGAUGAAACUCUGAUGAAAUUUCAACAGGACUGGGGUCCCAUCACAGCAAUAUCGUUUCGUACUGAUGGACACCCAGUAAUGGCAGCUGGUAGCCCAGUUGGACACAUUGCUUUGUGGGAUCUAGAAGAGAAGAAACUGAUGUGUCAGAUGCAAGACGCCCAUUCCACAGCAAUAGCUGGCAUGACAUUUGUCCCUGGAGAGCCACUCCUUAUAACUAAUGGUGCUGAUAAUGCUCUGCGGGUUUGGAUUUUUGAUGGGCCUGGUGGUACAGGUCGUGUAUUGAGAAGCCGAAUGGGACAUAGUGCACCACCAACAAAAAUCAGAUAUCAUGGACAAAAUGGAGAGCAAAUUCUCAGUGCAGGUCAAGAUGGAACACUGCGAUCUUUUUCAACAGUGCAUGAAAAGUUCAAUAAAAGUUUAGGACGUGGUUCGAUUAAUAAAAAGAAAUCAAAAAAGAAAGGCCUUAAGCUGGAUACGAUGGCACUUCCACCAAUUACAGCCUUUGCUUCAGAAGUGGCACAUCAGAGUGACUGGGAUGGUAUUGUUGCCUGCCAUCAGGGAUAUAUAACCUGUACAACCUGGAACUACCAAAAAACCUCCAUGGGAGCUCACAAACUGAGGCCAGAAGAAUUUAGCAAACACAAACCUACUGACAUAUAUGCAACAGCAGUUGACAUUACCUCGUGUGGUAACUUUGCUGUAAUUGGGAUGUCAACUGGACGGGUAGAUGUGUAUAACAUGCAGUCUGGCAUUCACAGAGGCCGUUAUGGCAAAGAAACGGCACAUGAAGGGGCUAUUAGAGGGGUAGCAGUGGAUGGAUUGAACCAGCUGGUAAUCACAGCUGGUAGUGAAGGAUUAAUUAAAUUUUGGAAAUUCAAAAUGAAAGAUUUGGUUUAUUCCACUGAACUUCCUUCUUCUCCAAGUGGAAUUCUGCUUCACAGAGACAGUGGUAUUCUUGGAAUUGCCUUUGAUGACUUCACUAUUAGUGUUCUGGAUAUAGAAACCAGGAAGAUUGUCAGGACAUUCUCAGGACACCAUGGACAGAUUAAUGAUAUGACUUUCAGUCCUGAUGGUCGUUGGCUGAUAACUUCAUCAAUGGACUGUUCCAUUAAGACUUGGGACCUUCCCUCUGGCUGUCUCAUAGAUUGUUUUUUGGUCGACUCUGCAGCUGUGAGCCUUACUAUGUCCCCUACAGGAGAUUUUCUGGCUUCAGCACAUGUGGAUGAUCUUGGAAUUUAUUUGUGGUCAAACCGUUCUUUGUAUUCACUUGUGUCAUUAAGGCCCCUUCCUGCAGAUUAUGAACCAUCUUUGGUGACACUCCCCAGCACCUGCCCCAUGCAAGAUGUGGAUGUGUCAGGAGAUGAAGAGCCAUGUGAUGAAAUGAUAGAAUAUGUCUCACCUGAGCAACUGGGAGAGCAGCUGGUGACCCUUUCCUUAUUACCGGAAUCAAGGUGGAAAAAUCUUCUCAACCUUGAUAUUAUCAAGAAAAAAAAUAAACCAAGAGAGCCACCAAAAGUUCCAAAGUCAGCACCUUUCUUCAUCCCAACACUUCCUGGUCUUAUACCCCGAUACAUUCCACCAGAGGAGGAAAAUGAUACCCAGUCAAAGGUCGUAAACCUUGGGAUACUGGCACAGAAAUCUGAUUUCUACAUUCAUCUUGAAGAAGCCCUGAGUACCAAUGAAUAUAAAGCUCCACUUGACUUACUGAAAAGCUUGGGACCAUCUAAUAUUGAGGUAGAACUACGGAGUUUGGCCCCUGAAGGUGGGGGCUCAGUGGAGGUGAUGCUGAGCUUUCUGAGAAUGAUUGGGAUGAUGCUGAACAAGAAGUACAACUUUGAACUCGCUCAGGCGUACCUGGCACUAUUUCUAAAGUUACAUCUUAAGAUUCUCUCAUCAGAGCCAAAACUGUUGGAAGAAUUAUCCAAAUUGUCAAUGCACCUUGAGGAAACUUGGAUUCACUUGCAGGCUCUCUUCAAUCAGAGUCUGUGUGUUUUAACAUACAUGAAAAGUGCUUUGCUGUAAAAUACUUCAGGGUUUUGUCUGCAUAAGAUUUCCCUCAGAGGAAUAGUACAGUUUAUUACCAAAAAUACUGGAUUCCAAAAAUCAUACUGGGUCUUGGAAUCAUUGAAUCAUUAAGGUUGGAAAAGACCUUCAAGGCCUUCAAGUCCAGCAUUCUGCUGGAUACCACCCUGUCCACUAAGCCAUAUCACUAAGUGCCAGACUGCUCAUUUUUUUAAAUACUUCCAGGCAUGGUGGUUCUUCUGAUGCUGUAUUUUAUUCAUCUACAUAUGGCAGAGUAUUUUAGAACAUGCAUAACUGCUUAUUUUUUGUUCACUUCAGUUGGAGAAAAAAUUACUACAUGCAGCUAAAGUAUUUGUUGUCUGUUGUGUUGGUCUGUGCUGUCAGUGGACAUUUGGAUUCAAGGCUCGCAGCAACCUGGCCUUGUGGAAGGUGCCCUACCCAUGGAAGGGGUUGCAAGUAGAUGAUCUCUAAAGUUCCUUCCAACCCAAGACAUUCAGUGAUUCUCUGAUUCUAUGGCUAUGUGAAAUUAGUUCACAAUGAAGAAAUAACUCAUGAGGAAAAAAAGAAGUGGGAACUUCCAUGCAGGAAGCCAAAAACUAUAUUGUUCUUAAUAAAGUCAUUGUUGAUGCAAAAAUAAAACAAAAAGUCUGAAUUAUUAACACAUUGUAAACAAUAGUUUAGAGCAAAUUAAUCUAAAAAUUGUCUUCCUCUGCAACUAGAGCACUUUUCCUGUGAUGGUUGUAAAAAUCAGUGGUCUUCUCACUUUUGUGGACAUCUAUUUCUGAACGUAAAGAUUUCCAGCUGUACUAACAAUGAUUGAAUUUCAAAAAAACCCUAAAAACCAAAGGACUAAACAAACAAGAACAGAUUUUUGGGAGGCCCAGUUUUGUAUGAAAAUUGUUUCUUGUCUUAAGGUAAAGGAGAAAAAAAUAACGGAAAAAAACUUUGUUUUGAGGAAUUUUUAAUUUAAUCAGAUGGGGAUUUUUGCAAAUUGGUAUUUAGGUUUCAAAGCAUUAUGAUGUUUGGGACCGCAUGAGUGAAAUUAUCUUGAACUUUGCUGUUUGAGAGUUCUUCCUCCCUGCACAAGAAUCUCUUGAACAAGGUCUUUGCUGUAUUCACAUGCUCAAGCUAUGUGCACAGACCAACAGGGUAACUAAUACAAAUAUAUGCAAUUUCAAAGAGUAAACUUGAAAGGUUUUGCAUUUCAAAGAAGACUGAAGUAUUAGUGUGGGUCAGUUGUAGUGUAUAGCUGCUUUUUUUUUAAUGCCAUCACAUUGUAGAACUGUUUUUAGUCAUGUGUACUGGAACAAACUAUCUGCAAACAUAAAAUCAUACGAUAAUAGAAGAGGAUCUUAAAAAUCAUCCACUUCCAACCCCUGCCAUGGGCAGGAACACCUUUCACUAAACCAGGUAGCUCAGGGCCCCUUUCAGCCUGACUGGACACUUUCAGGAAUGGGACAUCCACCGAUUCUCUUGGCCAUUGUUACAGGGAAGAAUUUCCUGUUCAUGUCCAAUUUGAACCUAAUGUCCUUGAGUCUAAAGCCAUCAUGUACACACGAGGUUUCUUACCAAGUUUGCUACUGAGAUUUAAGAAAAUCCUUUGUACCACAGAAUUACUAGUUUCUGGUGAUACGGUUCUUGGCACCCCAUAAAUUGUUCCAAAUUUUUGGAUUGAUCUGAAAUUGUCCAGAAUACCUUAAAUGUCAGUGUAACAUAUAAUGAACCUCUCAGAUUGCAGGUGUUCACAUAACUCCUUUAGAUUUUAGAGAAUCAUUUUCCAAAUAAAGACAAAGUGUUCAAAGGUUAAUAAGGCAAUAUUUGCAGACCUGCCUCUGUGGAAGAAGGAAGAGUGGAUAAAGAACUUUUCCUGUUUGAUCAGAGGAAGGGUCUCUCAAGCCCACUACUCUGUCUCCAGCUGGAGGAAGGAAGAUUUGUUGUACAGUAGCCUGGUUGUGUAUAAAGUGAUUGUUUCUCAAGCAUAUCACAGCACCUUUCAGCAGACAGAUAUUAGAUUUUCUGUGGCCCAGCUGUAGCCUGACAGUUGUGUUUAAUAUUCUGUGACAGACCUUUUGUUCUCUGUGAGUUCAUCUAAUCUCUUUUAGAACCCAUUUAUCCUUCACAACAUCCUGUAGUAAUGGGGCCUACAAUUUAAUUAACAGGAAUAAUGUAUUUCUGUUUAUAUACUCCAGACUUGCUAUCUUCUGAUGUUGUAUGCCUCUCCUUGAAUGUGAGGACUAUCAGUUGUGCUCUAAUCUUCAUGCUUUACAGACUUUGCCUCACAGCAGUGGCAAAAGGGUUUCUACUCAUGAAGGACAUACUUUAUUUCACUGGGUGCACAUAUCUGCUUUUUCACUGACAUCCAGAAACCCUUUCUGGGAACAGAUGUUUAAAUCUAUUUGUACAAGAUUUGUCUACAUAACCUGUAAGGAUUGUAGAGUAGGGUUUUUUCCCCCCCUUCCAUUUUCAUGGUCUGCUUGAUGUAGUCAUGAGAAAAAACUUUGCCAAACACGCUGUAUUCUUCUUAAACAUCAGGGUAAUUUUUGUGACCAAUGUAUGUAUAACACAGUUGAUGUGGUGUUUGCAGUCCUGUAUGACCUCAUUAAAUGUGUUUAAUGCAGUUUCUUAUAUCAUGUACAUAUAUGUUUGAAGUUCACAUGGAACAGUUCAAUAACUUCUUUCAGAAUAUAGUAUUUAAAUGUAAGUGAUAGCUCAUUUUCUUUCUUGUCUUUUUCUCAAUAUGUCUACUCAUCACUCCUAUUUCAGGGGUGUUUUGCUAUUAUUAGAGCUGUAGAGUUUUCCAACAAUAGUUCUGAUUGCUUCAUGUUCUUGGUCUUUUAUUUUUACCCCAUAUCAAAAUGAUGAGCAACUUGCUGUUAAUAAAAACUUCUUCAGGAAUAAAAAGCAAUUUGCUCCUGUUAGUAGAUGAAAGUAGAUAUUUCACCUGCUACAUUCUGUAUUAUUCGUUUACCUGAGACAUCAAAGGACAGUAUUUUGUGAUAGUCAAAAAUUGUUGAUUACAAGUGGUAACACGUGAAAAUUGAAUUUUAUAAUUUUGGCUUUAUUGCCCAUAAGAACUUGCAUUAGCAUGGUGCUUUUGUAAUAGCAUAUGCAAUAGGAUGUAGAAGAAAUGCUAGAUGGAUGAAGGGAUAUUCAAGUUAACUGAGUUUUCUGCCAAGCAGGGCAGCUACUGGGGAUUUUACCAUUACACAAUGCCAAACCCAUCUUAAGCUAGCUCUUGUAGCAGCUUGCUGUUAGAAUUCUGUGUUAUUCGUGUGUCACAGCACUCCUUCCAGCUUCCUCUCAAGCCUGUGCCCACCUUCUGUUCCUGUGUUUCUUUUUCACCAUGGUUUUCUCAGCUCCUUUGGUUCCUGAGUGCAGCUGCUGCUCUUAGCAGCUCCUGCACAUGGCUGUACUGUCAAGUUAGGUUCUCUGUACUUCCACUAUUUGCUUCUGACUUAUUUUUUCCAGGCAGAUUUGGUUCUGCUGGUUGUUUUGAGCCUGGUAGUUGGACCUUGCUACCUGAAUUUACUACUGAGUGGAUUCAGAUGCUGCACAGUGAACUUUGCUCUUCUCUGAGCUGUAAGAAGCCUUCAAUCUUACAGAGGUAUUAGGCUUGCAAACAUGAAGAGAGAGUAGGAGGCUACCAAUGUUUACAUUGGCUACAUUGUUCAGUAGCCAACCUAUACAUCUGACUUCAAGCACUCCAACAUUUUGUACGUUUCAAAUGUAACUCUUCAAGAAAAAUGUAAGAAAGAUCUGUGCAAGUUAUACUGCAAGUGUUGUAGUCCUAGAGUAAGGACACUGGAAGAUACUAAUUUGCAUUCUGUGAAUUAGAAAAGGCAGAGUGUUUGCUGGCAUAUUUGAACUCUUUUAAUGAGCUGUGUUGAAGGAGUUUAGCAUUGUUCAAGGAUCACUAUUACAUAAGUAGUUAUUGUGUUGUCUGUUGGUGUCAGCUGAUGUAUCAUACAUUUAUCUUCUCAGCAUAUCCUGAUCUGUAUCUUAAGAACUAUUUGUUUUAUGAAAAAUUAUCUUUUAAUAAAAGUAGUUUACCUUUUUAGA